UGCUUUAUUUAUUUGCAUUCCCAGGGCUUAGCACAGUGACUGGCACAUAGUAUUCUAUAAAUUCAGAUUUAUAAUAACAAAAUAAACAAGAUUAAAAAGUUUAAGUUUUAAAAGCCAGACUGCUCUGUAGCUUUCCUUUUCUCCCCUCUUUCUCAGCACAAAGUCAUAAUAGAGAGAAAAUUGUACUUUCUAUUCUUUGUUCUGUUGUCAUAGCAAUUUGCAACAGAGAAUAUAGUAUAAUUUCUAUAUUUCUUCUCUGCAGAUUGUACAGAGAUUAAACUGCAGACAUAUGUUUCCCCAAAAGUCAUUUGUUAAAGUUUCCAAAUCAAACCCAUAUAUAAAUUAUUUUCAAAAAUGAUCAGCCUCACUACUAUAGAGAACAACUCACAUGGUGUGUGAGCUCACACACACACAGAACACCACCUGUAUCUACCCUAAACAAAUCAAAGCUCAGUUACAGAAAUGUACUUUCUUUGCUUGAGGCAGAUAUGGAUGAUUCCCCACCCCCACCCCCGCUUUGGCAGCUGGAUAGAUAGGAGCAUUUCCCCCUCCUUCUGUUUGUUUUGAUUAGAAGAUGGGGCUUGUCUGGGCAAACCUAAAGUCGGAGCAGGAAUUGCUGGUGUUCUGGCUUCUCUUGUCCCUGCCUGAGCCUAGUCCUAAAAUCCUUCAGAUUAAAGAGGCUGAAGCCACGGCGGGGCUGAGUUUGGGGAGGAGAUAAUGCAGGCCGAGACCUCUUUCCGUUUUUCAGUCAGCAUGUAUUUACUAAGCAAUUAAUUUAGGUUAUUCUCCCGGAAGCCGCUGACUAAAACUGUCCUCAAAUAGUUCACAGUGGUAUGGGCUAGACGAUAAGCAAACAACUAAUGGACGGACAAGGUUCAGACUAGAUAGAUUUCGGAUAGUAAGGGAAAGAAAGCUCGCAUUCCUCACAAGUUGCUGUCAUUUGAUCCCAGCAAGAGAUCUUCUGUACUGCCAGCACAACAGUAAGUAAAUAGCAAGGGAAGUUGAAGGGCCUCAGUUUCUGCGCAGACUCCUUUCCAUCGCUUUUGCACCAAUCACAACACCCCAAGAGGUGCAUUGUCUCUCCCCCACCCCCACCCCCCGCCUCCUGCUUCUUUCUCCUUCGGGUUCUGUACAACGCGAGUGACUCCAUCGCGCUCCAGAGUGUUACGCACAGUGUGCACCGGAAGAAGAACUUCUUCUUCCGCUUUUUGUUCUGUGGUGCUGGCGGUGCUCUGAUACUUGUCGGGAUUUCUUCGUCAGUUCCCCGGCAACCGAACUCCUUGUCUUGGUCUGUGAUGGGGCGCACGUCUAAAGACAAGCGCGAUGUCUACUACCGGCUGGCUAAGGAGGAGGGCUGGCGGGCCCGCAGCGCUUUCAAACUUCUCCAGUUGGACGAGGAGUUCCAGCUCUUCAGCGGCGUGAGGCGGGCGGUGGAUCUCUGCGCCGCCCCCGGGAGCUGGAGCCAAGUGCUGAGCCGCAAGCUCGGGGAGGACGAGUCUCCGGCCUGCAUCGUAGCUGUGGACCUGCAGGCCAUGGCGCCCUUGCCCGGGGUGGUGCAGAUCCAGGGCGACAUCACCAAAGCAUCCACGGCGCAGGAGAUUAUCGGGCACUUUGAAGGGCAGCCGGCCGAUUUGGUGGUAUGUGACGGCGCUCCUGAUGUCACUGGGCUGCACGACAUCGACGAAUACAUCCAGGCACAGCUCCUUCUGGCCGCCCUCAACAUCGCCAUCCAUGUUUUGAAGCCCGGUGGGAGCUUCGUAGCCAAGAUCUUCCGAGGCCGUGACGUCACCUUGCUCUACUCCCAGCUUCGCAUCUUUUUCCCGGACGUGGUGUGUGCCAAACCCCGGAGCAGCCGUAACUCGAGCAUUGAAGCCUUCGCUGUUUGCCGCGGCUUUGCGCUCCCAAAAGGCUACGUGCCCAGCAUGCUGAACCCUCUGCUGGACCACAGCUACCACGGAGACUUCAACCAGCUCGAGGGCCCUGCAAGGGUCAUCGUGCCCUUUCUGGCCUGUGGGGACCUUAGUGCCUAUGACUCAGACCGCACCUAUCCACUGCAGCUGGAGGGGGGCUCUGAGUACAGGUACACUCCACCUGCUCAGCCACCCAUCAGCCCGCCCUACCAAGAGGCCUGCAGACUCAAGAAGUCUGGGUGUCUGGGUCGGCGCACACUGCAGCAUGAGACCUUUUUCGGUGCCCAGGAGCAGGGAGCCACCUCCUCCUCCUCCUCCUCCUCCUCCUCCUCCUCUGAGGAUGAUGAUGAAGAUGACCAGGCUUCUGAGGAGCAGGCUUCUGACCAAGACUCUGACUCCACCCAGGACCCCUAGGGAAGAGGACCCCCCCCCCAAAAGGACCUCAGUAACCAUUCUUAGCACCUCCAAGGAUUGUAAUCCUCUAGCUGCAAGCUUUUCCCUUGAUUAUUUCUCCUACUUGUUGGGUAAACUUAAAGGGCUUGGGACUUUGCCAGAACCUUAGUUAUGAUUGGUAGAUGUGUUUGUGUGUCUUUAUGUGCCUCUUUGAUUUAUAAUUAAAAAAUAAAUUUUCCUGUUUAUGUUAAAUUUUUCUAUUUUCUUCUUAAUGAAAAUUAAUUUCAUUGAUGUCUUUUUUUAUAUUGCUUAAAUUCUCAAUAUCUCUCCUCCCAGAGAGCUACCCUAUAUAUGAUAGCUUUUAUUAUUAUUAUUAUUAUUAUUUUUAUAGUAAAGGGAACAUGGGGGUAUCUAGGCACCUCAGGGGAUAGAGAGACAGGUCCUCUGUUCAAAUUUGGUCUCUGACACUCCCUACCCAUGUACCCUGGGCAAGACACUUAACUCCAUUGUCUAGCUCUUACCACUUUUCUGCCUUAGAACCAAUACAUAGUAUUGAUUCUAAGAUGGAAGGUGAGAAGGUUGUUUUUUUUUUUGUUUUGUUUUGUUUUGUUUUGGGAAGAGAAAAAGAAUCAGUAAAACCUAUCAUUACUUUGCAAAAUUGAAAAAAAAAAUACAUGCAAACUUCUGUACCCUGAGGGGCUCCCAAUUUUACAGAGUAGUAGGGGAAGAUAGUUUCCUAAUAUAUCUUGGAGUCAUUUCUAUAGCAUUCACUUUAAAUUGUUUCAUGGUUGUUAGUUUUUAUCUAUAUUUUGAAUUAAAGUAGUUUGGCAUUUGCUACCUUUAAUAGUAAUUAACCAAAAUGUCUUUUGAUUGGCAGUUGAGUGACUUGUAAUCCUACCCUUACUUUCUAAUUGCUGUUUUAUCUUUGAUGCAUGUUUUUUCAUUUUUUAAUUUAAACAAUUGAAGUACAGAUAAGUGCAAAAUCAUAGCACUAACUCAGAUUCUCUGACAACAGAGCAUAAUUUUGUUGUUGUUUGUUGUAAUAGGAUAUUAAGACUUAGGACCUAAGAGUGAUGGACAGGGACAUGAGACCAGAAUCUUCUGAUCCUGACUGAGUUAGAAUCCCUGGGAUGCAGUUGGAAAAAAAACUGUUACUCUGAACCUGGGAAAGGAAAGGAAUGAUGUGUGGCUGCAUCUUCCAGAAGCUCAUUUACCAAGAUACUAGCCUGUGAAUAUCUUUUGGGGUGAGGAGUUAUUCUUCAGUCAUCUGCUGGUCAGGGAUUAAGAAACUGACUUCAACUUGGAGAAUUACCAUCUAUGGACAUCUGUAGACAUGAGAUUCCUGAUUUGACUCACCAGAGACUGUAAAAUACUGGUCUCCUGUUUGAUUUGCCUUUAUAUAACUUAGGGUUUAGUAUAGAGUAACUUAUGUGGUGUGUAUACUUAGAGGGUAAAAGAAUUGAGAUCUCUCCCUUUCCCUUUUUACCUUCCCUUUCCUUGUUUAAUAAAGUCAAAAUAUUUA